AUACUAAUGUAUUUUUAAGUUUAAUAAAUAAAUGUAAGAAAUGAUAUGAAAAAAUUUGGAAGCUGUAAAUCGAACUUUUUACCUGAUCCUCAUUCUGUAAAACCAAAAACCCUAGAUAUUCAACAUUCAUUUUCAUAAUCAUUCGUAGUCCCCAAAAUGAAAUAAAAUCAAAAACAUCAGAAAAUCAAAAAUGUCAGAAUACAUAGCUUUCGAAAUGCAGGGGGAAAUCUUGAAAAGGCUUCCAACAAAGCCAUUACUCCAAUUCCGAACUGUAUCAAAAUCAUACAAGUGUUUGAUGGACAGCAUCGAUUUGUACAGUGUUCAUCACCAGCCACAUGAUCGUUUCAUAUUAAGGUAUACACUUGCUUGGUAUUUACAUUAUCCUCCUGAGGAAAGAUAUAUAACUUUAAUUGAUAAUGAUUCUGAUAAUGGUUUUGUCCAACAAGAAUUUAUCCCCCCUGUUCCUGACCUCGUUAAGACCCUUAAACCCUAGUCAACAUAUGUAGUUGGUAGCUCUGAUGAUGGCCAUUUCUCUGGGACAGCAAAAAUUUGUUCUUUGGAAUCCUGCGAUAAGGAAAUCCGUUGGUAUUCGAGUGCCAUAUAUGUCGCAUAAGCCCAUUGAAAACUUGUGUGAUAUUGAGGUUCAUGAUGCUUUCGGUUUUGGGGUCUGUCCUGUUGCUUUUGAUCUUACUAUUAUCAAGAUUAGAUGUAUUCAUUAUAAGCGGAAUAGGAGAAGGAACGAUAAGGCUAUCGUUAACGUCCCUUGGAAAGUUCAAGUCUUUACUUUGAGCACCGGGACUUGGAGUAUUUUAUCUACCAAUCUUCCCCGCGAAUCAGUUAGACCUAGAGGGGCACAGGUUGUUAUCGAUAGGUUUAUUUAUUGGGUUGCUUAUGAAGUUGGUCGAUCUGAACCAAAUUUGCUGAUCAUGUUUGAUUUGACUGCCAAAGAACUUAAAGAGAUAAAUCUCACAGAUAGUUUUACAAACCGGCGUUGUAGUAUUGAAAGUAUAUCUAAGCUAAGGGAGUCUCUUGUUUUGCUUGAAUAUCAUCUUGAGGAAGACGUAUCAGUUGGUUGUCUAUGGAUGAUGAAGGAACAAGGUGUUAGUAGAUCAUCAUUUACAAAGAUGUACACCAUUAAGUUACCAGAUGCCACAAUACACCAUAUACUCGGAUUUAGGAAAACUGGUGAUCUAAUAAUGGAGACCAUACCCAAUUACGAAAAGUAUGGUGAAGUUCAAAUUUACAAACAGAACUAUGAAUAUGCCGAUAAUCUUGGUAUUGAUGGAGAAGAUAAUUCGUUCUUUAUGUGUUCCUAUGUGGAAUCACUACUUCUGCUUGAUAAGUCUGAUGGUUAUAUAUAUCUUCCAAUAGUACGUACAUGAUCACACAUGGAUCAUCGCAUUAAAAGCAAAUGAUCUACUACUUCAUAAGGGCUGACCUGGCUUCUUCUAAAGCUACGUGGCUCCCAUGGAAAAAAAAAAAAGAGGCUGGCAUUGGUGAAGAUAUAUGGUGAUGGGUGGUGACAGAAUGCUCUUUUUGAAUGGUAGUGCCUUUAUGUACGGUGAGAUAAGGUUAAGGCUUUUGCUCAUUUUAAACUGUAAAGUGAACUCAUCUAUGUUAUAGUGUAAUUGCAAAACACCACCGGCUUGUUCAUGAACGCAUUUGGUUUGUGUGCAAGUGUUAUAACUGUAUUCUUAAUUGUGAGAUUUUCAUAUUUACUGCAAAAUUUAGUAAA